GGGCAGCCCUGAGCUGGGGCCUGGCCCAGGCUGGGCUCCCCCGCUGCACUCCGGGGCACAGGUCUUGCCUGUGGUGACCACAAUGCCCCAGGCCUCUGAGCACCGCCUGGGCCGGCCUCGAGAGCCACCUGUCAAUGUCCAGCCCUGAGUGGGAUCCAAACUACCAUUUGCCCCCCGGGCUUGCAGUAAGGAGCGUCUAAACCCAGCCCCUGGGCCAAACCCCAUGUUACGGCCUCUGCCUCCCCGGCCAGGUCCACCUGAGGAACGGCUCAAGAAACUGGAGCUGGGACAAACACGGACCUCAGGCCCUCGUCCCAGAGGCCCCCUUCGGGCAGAUCAUGGAGUUCCCCUGCCUGGCUCACCACCCCCAGCUGUGGCUCUGCCUCUCCCAACCAGAACCAACCUAGCCAGGUCCAAGUCUGUGAGCAGUGGGGACUUGCGUCCAACAGGGAUUGCCUUGGGAGGGCAUCGAGGUGCUGGAGAGCUAGGGGUUGCACUGAGCCGCUUGGCGCUCCGGCCUGAGCCACCCACUUUGAGACGUAGCACCUCUCUCCGCCGCCUAGGGGGCUUUCCUGGGCCCCCCACCUUGCUCAGUAUACGGACAGAGCCCCCUACUUCCCAUGGCACUUUCUGCGUGAUAUCUGCCCGGCCCUCCAAGCCUUUGUACUUCGAUGACAAGAUGUGCUUCCUGAAUGCUGUGCUGCAGUGUUUGAGCAACAUUCAGCCUCUCCAGGACUUCUGCCUGCGAAGGGACUUCUGGCAAGAAGUGCCUGGAGGGGGCCGAGCCCAAGAGCUCACUGAAGCCUUUGCAGACGUGAUUGGUGCCCUGUGGCACCCUGACUCUUGUGAAGCUGUAAAUCCUACUUGGUUCCGAGAUGUCUUCCAGAAAUACGUGCCCUCCUUCUCCGGAUACAGCCAGCAGUAUGCCCAGGAGUUCCUGAAGCUCCUCAUGGAGGGGCUACACCUUGAAAUCAACCGACGAGGCCGCCGGGCUCCCCCAAUCCUGGCCAGUAGCCCAGCUCCCUCUCCACCCCACCGUGGAGGGGCUCUGCUAGAAGAGCCGGACUUAAGUGACAAUGACCGAGCCAACCUAAUGUGGAAGCGUUACCUGGAGCGAGAGGACAGCAAGAUUGUGGACCUGUUUGUGGGCCAGUUGAAAAGUUGUCUCAAGUGCCAGGCCUGUGGGUAUCGCUCCACGACCUUCGAGGUUUUUUGUGACCUGUCCCUGCCCAUCCCUAAGAAAGGAUUUGCUGGGGGCAAAGUGUCUCUGCGGGACUGCUUCAGCCUUUUCACCAAGGAAGAAGAGCUAGAGUCGGAAAAUACCCCAGUGUGUGACCGAUGUCAGCAGAGAACAUGAAGUACCAAAAAGUUGACAGUACAAAGAUUCCCCCGAAUCCUCGUACUCCAUCUGAAUCGGUUUUCCGCCUCCCGAGGCUCCAUCAAGAAAAGCUCCGUAGGUGUGGACUUCCCGCUGCAGGGCCUGAGCCUGGGGGACUUUGCCAGCGACAAAGCCGGAAGCCCUGUCUACCAGCUGUACGCCCUCUGCAACCACUCGGGCAGCAUCCACUAUGGCCACUACACCGUCCUGUGCCGCUGCCAGACCGGCUGGCACGUCUACAAUGACGAUCGGGUCUCCCCGGUCAGUGAGAACCAGGUGGCGUCCAGCGAGGGCUACGUGCUCUUCUACCAGCUAACGCAGGAGUGCCCCGCUGCCUGUGAAACCCUGCCCCCCGCCCCCCAAGCCUGGGCUCCCCGUUUACCUCAGAGACGUCUAUUUUUGUGUCUUUUUCAUUGGGGAGGCGGAGGGUGA